AUGUUACUAUUACUAAUCAUUAUCAAUAUCUUUUUAAUUUUCGGAUCUGUACAUGGACGAAAAGAAGAAGAAGAUUUACGUUAUAUGGCUAGUUUGUCUGAACCAUUAGAAAGUACACUUGAAUGGGAUUAUAAUGAUAAAGAUGAAACAGAACUUAUUUUUCGAUGGAAUAUUACAUUAAUAAAUGGUUAUAGUGGUUUACUUGCAUUUUCAAAUCAUGAUUUAGAUACAAAUAACUUAGAUGUUAUCAUCUAUGGUAAUGAUAAUCAAGUCUAUAAUGGAUAUACAGAUGAAGAAAGUUUAUUAUUUAUACCAAAGAAUGGCAUUGAAUUAAAAUAUCGAAUAGAAAAGAAAGAAAGUAUUGAAAAUGAAAGAAAACAUAAGAUAACAAUACGAAUUAAACGACCAUUUGAUACAUGUGAUGAAGAACAACGAAAUUAUAUUAUUGAUCAUGGAACAAUUAAUUUAUUAACUGGUUCAUUAACACGAAAAGAUUUUCAAAAAAUUAAACAUCAAAAUGAAGUUAAAGUUGAUGUCAUACGUAUGAAUUUAACAUUACAACGCGUUCAAUUACUUAAAAGUCAAGUUGUUUUUCCACCAGUUCCUGAUGACGCUCCACAUCUUGAUUAUUUAAAUCAAGAUGUUCUAAUACCUGAUGAUGAAACAACAUAUUGGUGUACACGCUUCGAAUUACCAUCUUUUAUUAUGGAACGAUCUCAUCAUAUCAUACGAUUCGAUGGUGUAAUAUCACCACAAAGUGAAGGCAUAGUACAUCAUAUGGAAUUAUUUCAUUGUGAUGUUGAUCCUGAUAUGCAAAUUCCAGCAUAUAAUGAUCGAUGUACAAGUGAAGAAAAACCAAUGGGUUUAACACCUUGUCGUCGUGUUAUUGGAGCUUGGGCAUAUGGUGCAGCAAAUUUUUUUUAUCCUGAAGUAGCUGGAGGUAUCAUAGGUGGUCCAAGAACAUCUCAUUUUCUCGUACUUGAAGUACAUUUUAAUAAUCCUUAUUUUAAAAAAGGUAUCAUUGAUCAAUCAGGUAUACGUAUUUAUUAUACUCCAAAAUUAAGAAAAUAUGAUGCUGGCAUUAUGGAAGUUGGACUUGAAUAUAAUCCAAAAAAUUCUGUUCCACCAGGAUCUAGUGCAUUCCGUGUUUCUGGUUAUUGUAAUAGUGAAUGUACUCAAGUAGGUUUACCAUCAAAAGGUAUUGUCAUAUUCGCAUCUCAACUUCAUACACAUCUUAAUGGUAUACAAACAUUUACUCGUGUGUUAAAACGAGAUGGUCGAAUUAUAACACUUAAUAUUGAUCGACAUUAUAGUCCUCAUUUUCAAGAAAUUCGUCUUUUACCAAAACCAAUUAAAAUCGAACGAGGUGACACAAUUAUUCAUACAUGUAUUUAUAAUACAGAAAUCCGAAAAAAUAUGACAUUUGGUGGAUAUGGUAUUAAUGAUGAAAUGUGUGUUAAUUAUAUGCACUAUUAUCCAAGAAGUAGUCUUGAAUUAUGUAAAACAAGUAUAAGAGAUGAUGCACUUAAUCGAUUUUUUCAAGUCAUGAAAAAAUACUUUCAUGCAAAAACCAGUAUUGAUCAAACGAUUUAUGAAAACUAUAGAUCAAUUCAUUGGACUCCAAUAACAUCAUCUAUACUUCAAACAUUUUAUGAAGAAGCACCUAUUCAUCUUUCAUGUAAUGGUUCUGACGGAAAUUACUUACCCAAAUAUAAUUGGCAAAGUGAUUAUUUUCCUCAAGAACCUCAACAACGUGAUGUACCCCUCGAUACAGCACAGUGCAAAUGA